GUGAGGCAGACUGAGAAAGGCCUGUGAAGCUGAGCCCAAGGCUGGCAGGGAGAAGGUGUAUGGGGCCUGGGCUGACUUCUAAUGAAAGUUUAAGCCCCAGCCAUGGCUGUUACAAAGAAAGGAAAAGCGGCUGCUGAUAAGCGUGUACCUCAAAAGGACAAUGUGUAUGAGAAUAUGCAAGAAUCACAGGAGGUCCCCAUGUCCAACCACCUUGACGAAGUCAUUGCUGCGGUCAGCGACACUGCUAAGAAGAGGAUCCCGAACAAGCUGCUCCAGACAGCGCUGUUCCAGCCCCCUCGAGAGAAACUCCACCUGUGCGAAGAGAAAGCAAAGUCCCACUUGAGCAACGGUGAGUACAAACAGGCCAUCCAGGAGCUUGUGCGCUGUGUGGCACUGACAAGAAUUUGCUAUGGCAGCUCACAUUGGAAACUAGCAGAGGCGUUUGUUAAUCUGGCUCAAGGCUACCUCCAGCUGAAAGGGAUGUCCCUACAAGCAAAGCAGCAUGCGGAAAAAGCCAAAGAAAUCCUGGCCAGCUCCAUGGAGAAUCCCUAUCACGACAAUACAGAUGUCUUCAAAUGUUCCAUAGAGCUUUUCUACACCACGGGGAAAGCCAUGCUCGCCCUGCAAAAAUUUAAAGAGGCCGCGGAGAACUUGUUAAAAGCGGAAAGACUUUCCAAGGAGAUGCUGCAGCGUGGGAACAUGAUAAAGGAGGAGUGGGUAGAAAUCCAAGCGCGGAUCAAGCUGUCGUUCGCACAGGUGUAUCAAGGUCAGAAAAGAUUGAAAGAAGCUUUGCCCUACUAUCAAAAGGCUUUGGAAUAUACUGAGACCAUCAAGGAUGAAAACAGUUUCGAGUGUGUACCAGUGCUAAGGGAACUGGCAGGUGUGGAGCAAGCCCUGGGAUUCCACGAUGCUGCUGUCAAUCAUUUCUCACGGGCACAUCUCAUCGUCCUGAGUAAAAAUCCCUCCCCAGAGGAGGCUGCAGACUCUGCACACUUUAUUGCCCGGGCUGCUGUUGCUUCUGGAAGGCACGAGCACUACGGUGAGAACAGACCCUCUCUCUCCUACACAAGCGGCUUGGGCGUGUGUCACUGGUGGGUUAAAGGUGUCAACAGCAGCUUUGAGAGCACCGGCACCUGCUUUCAGUUGUCACUUCUGUCAGAGCUGUUUCCUGCGAGAGCCACCAUGAUCCUGAAAGAGUCCCUGGAAGCCAAAGUCGGAGCCUUUGGUGACUUCAGCCCUGAAGUGGCAGAAACAUACCGGUUCCUGGGCAGGGCAGACCUGGCCCAGGGAAACCACAGCGGAGCACACAUGAAACUAAAGAAGUGUGUUCAGAUUGAGACUUUCUUGUAUGGAUCGCAGGACAAGAGGACCCUGGCCACGCAGCAGACCAUAGACACACUGUCCAAGUUCUCUGAGGUUGCCAUGAAGCCGAGGCAAUCUCCGAAAACCAAGGCAGCUUUCUGCACCAGCGUCCCUCAGAACACCAUGCCAGGCAAGGCCAAGCACAGUGUGGCAGACUGAGCCCCCCAUGUGCCCCAAAGAAAGCUCCACGAAAGACUUGGCAUUGCUUUUAGGAUGCUGAACAACCCCCUGUCCAACUAGAAGGUGAAAUUUAGCAGUCGCUGGAGGUUUUUAAGGCUGUUUGCAACAGCAGUACCCUUGACUUCCAUAUCUCAAGUGUGGAUGCCCUUCUGGAUGACCUUUUGCUUUGGUUAUUUUUUUUUUUUGUCACUUUGAUAAUUUCUCUCACCAAGGAGAAUGUCCCCUGUCAUCUCUACCGUGUUGGAAAGACUCUUCUGAAGUUGGAGCUUUUUUGCAGGAAAGAGACUGCCCCUGAUUGCAGGUAGAGCCCCUGCACAGUCCAGAGCCGCCUCUGUUGUAACAAGACUGCACAAAACCUUAAAGGAAAGGAAUAGGGACUGAGAAGAAAAUGCCAAUAAAGAGAAACUUGUGCUAUUGUCAAUUUGUGUGUUUAAAAUGAAGACUGGAGUUGGCGAUGUGGCUCUAUGCUGGAGCGCUUGCCUGGGCUCCUCGAAGCCAAUUAUGGUUUGAAAGUGAAAUGCCCCUCAUAGACUCGUGUU